UUUUGGCUUGAAACUAUUCGUUGCCAUUGUGAGUUACCUGUGAAGGAGGAAUGCUACAAUGAAUAUCAAGAACCACCUGUUAUCAUCAUAGGAACACACAAAGAUCAGUUCACGGGAAACAUCAGUGAAUGUGAGACAAAAUUUCAGCGCCAAGUUCAUGAGAUAGUAAGGACUUCCCAGAUACGAAGAAAUAUACGAAAAAUGUAUGUGAUAUCUAAUACAGAUGAUUCGGAUGAUGAAUUCGACAUUAUACGAAGAGGCAUAGUUGAAAUUGCAAAAAGCCGAAAACAGUGGAAUAUCAAAACUCCCGCUAGAUGGAUCCACCUCGAAAAGGCCCUUUCUGGUGAAAAUUCAUGCGGAAAACCUGUAGUUGCUAAAUCAGAUAUUGCAGAAAUUGCAAACAACAUUAUACAACCUAUCACAGACGAAGAGGAAUUAGAGCAGUUUCUCACGUAUCAUAAUGGCAUCGGAACAUAUGUUUACUUUUCAGACCUAGCCGAAUACGUCGUCUUAGAUCCACAAUGGUUGGCAAGUGCAUUUAAAUGCAUAAUAACAGCCGACCAAUUCCAGAAAGAUUUGGUUCAUCAAACAGAGUGGGAAGAGCUGAGACAGCAUGGACGUCUGAGCGAGAAACUAUUAAAUGAAAUAUUUCUGCGACAGGAGGUAAACAUAAGGAAAUACAGAAUACACUUACUGAAAAUCAUGGAAAAAAUUAACAUUAUUGUUCGGUCAAGAACAAUGUCAAACGCAUGCGAAAUUGACGAAGACACAGACUUCUAUGUACCAUGUAUGAUCAAAAACACAUCACUGAGCAACAUCAACGACAUAUUUUAUUCCUGCGCUUCCAAAUCAUCAUGUCUUUGUGUUGCAUUUGAUUUUCUCCCACCUUCAUUUGCCACUCAAAUACUAGUUGCCUGUACUCGAUAUUACACCGUUGCCAACGGUCCAUACACAUCUGAUGGAAAACAUCCUGCCUUCUAUAGAGAUUUUGCGAUUUACAAUUUAGAUGCUGCUGGUUGCGAAAUGCUUCUCAUUGCUAAUUAUCGGAAUGUUUUGCAAAUGCAAAUCUGGAAAUGGGGAGAACCAGAGAGGCGCUCGUAUCACGAUGUAAAGGCAAAGUUAAUAGGAAUAAUUGAAGAUAUGAAAGAGAUCCGAGGUCAGCCAAAUUUAUCAUAUGAAUUAAAACUUAAAUGCAAAUUUACAGAUUACGAAUGCCUUGAUGGAAUGGUUGAACUAAAAGCCAUCAAACCGCAGAAAGAGUAUUUUUGUGAAGAACAUGGAAAUACCCACAGUUCAGAGGAAAUCUUCUUUGAUUGGUUAGGAGAAAUUGAGCAGAACAUCUUCAGCCGUGAGCAAAUAAAUGCAACAAGAAUGGCCAUCAUCAUUUUAGAAAUUUUGACCAAUGCAUUAUUUGACCUAUUAAUCGCCGAUAGUGGUGGCUUUCUUGUUAAACAAAGAGACGAAUGUGAUAUAACAUAUCUUUAUGCACAGCUUCGAAAACAAAACAAGCAUAUUCCGAGCCAUGGAUGGGGAGGAAGGUGGUCUGAUAUUAAGAAUUUCGAUAUUCUGAUUGGUGACGAUAUUGAACGCAUCAGAUUGUGCAGAAAUGACAUGGCUCACUCAAAGAAGUUCUCGUUGGAUAACAAAAAUUACUAUGAUCUAUGUGGUAUUUUAGAGAGAGUCCUCCAUCGUUUAGAAACCUAUAACAGGAAAGGAAAGCUCUACACAGACCAAAUGAAAAAUGUGAAAAAGAAAGAGACAAAAUUACAACACUGGCAAACUUAUCAAAAGAAAAUAACUUACGAAUUUCCACGACUGAAGAUGAAGCCUUCGUUUGAAGUGAAAGUCGGUGGUGGAUGCACACUCGAAUGUGAAACAGUAGUACCGUUGCCCGAUGGUUCGAAGGUGUAUUGGGUUAAGGAGAAAAAUUCCGAAGAAGUAAAGCUGACAGUUGAUGAGACCACAUCAAACAAAUACAAAGGAUCGCAAGUUAAUUACCCAUCACUUAACAUAUUUUGCGCAACAAAGGAAGAUGAAGGACACUAUUCCUGUAGAAUACGGUAUCCAGAGGAGAGCGCUGAAAGCAUGGACGAAAAUAUCACAUGGCCAAAAACAUGUUUACAUGUGAAUAAUUGUAAGUAG